AAGAGAAACUGCUCAGAUUCUAAGCACCAAAGGAUACGAAGUAAAAAAGAGAGGCAUUAUUGACGUAAAAGGGAAAGGUCUUAUGGAAACAUAUUUCGUGAUAGGCAAACAGUUAAACAAACCUCCCACUUUCCAAAGACAACCUAGUCAUUAUAGUAGUUUAGCAGCAGUUGUCUAUGCCAUGGCUCAAACUAGAAAGAAACAUACCGGAAAUACUCCUGGAAGUGCUGUACUCGGUAGAGCAAGAACACAGCAAAAAGGAGAACGUAAAAUUAUGAACUAUAGUUCUAUGAGAAUAACUCACAAAUCUGGAGGAUAUCCUGUCAGACGAAAUACUACAAGAGGAGCCAAGGAAAAGCAUAUGCAUGCUAGAUCUCAGCCAAACAUGAGGCAAUUUUCCGGCUCUGGUACCUAUCUGGAAAACAUGAAGUCGAUGAAAUCCAUCGAACGAGAUGUUACUUCAAAUACAAUCAACCGGAUGGCAGUUUCGCAGUCAGCUCCUCAUACUCCUGUCACGGCAGCCAACCACGAAGGACCGAUUUUCAAAUCAGUGCCAAGACUAUUGUCUGAACCGAUAGUAAAUAGAUCCAAGAGCUGUUCUCCUUCGACGAAAACGAGUAGAUUAGAAAGACAAAUGAGCAUAGCUGCAGAUAGGAGGGACGAUGUUUGUGAAGAAUUUAAUGACAGUAUUAGGGCCAAGAAUAAAGCAAUAGUACCAGUUCAUUCACCCAAGCACCUUCCGAAGCGAGAAUCAAAAUUUUCCCUAAAAUCACCUUUGUCGAGGCGAGAAACCAAAAUCCAAAUUGAAAAUGCCAUCAACAGAGAAAAACUAAACAAGGUCCAUUCUUUAGACGGAACUCAUGUCUAAUUUUUUAUAUUCUAAAAAUAAAG